UAUUAUACAUACGCGCUAUAUUGCAAAGUACGAGAGGCACGUCGACGUCAGUCAUUCGACUGCGUGAAGCUCACGGUUUUUACGCAUAGUGGCUGUAGUUACGUUGACGUGUAAUUAUGAGUUGUGGAUUCGUCACUUGCGGCCCAAACGAGGCUCUCGUCGUCUCAGGAUGUUGCUACAGCAAACCUCUCUUAGUACCUGGAGGUCGAGUGUUUGUUUGGCCCCUUGUGCAACAAGUACAAAAGAUUUCUUUAAAUACAAUGACCUUACAAGUCGAGAGUCCAACAGUGUAUACUUGUCAAGGAGUUCCAAUAUCUGUAACAGGUAUUGCACAGGUAAAAAUUCAGGGACAAAAUGAAGAGAUGCUAUCUACAGCGUGUGAGCAGUUUCUUGGAAAAUCUGAAGACGAGAUACAUAAUAUAGCUCUCGUCACUCUAGAAGGACAUCAACGAGCUAUAAUGGGUAGUAUGACUGUAGAGGAAAUUUACAAAGAUCGUAAAAAGUUUAGCAAGGAAGUCUUUGAAGUAGCGAGCAGUGAUCUAGUCAAUAUGGGCAUUACUGUCGUAUCGUACACAUUGAAAGAUAUCCGAGACGAAGAAGGGGCAAAGGGUUAUUUACAAGCACUCGGUAUGGCACGUACAGCAGAAGUGAAGAGAGAUGCUAGAAUAGGUGAAGCAGAAGCUCGCAGAGACGCUCAAAUUAGAGAAGCUAUCGCGGAGGAACAAAGAAUGGCUGCACGUUUCCUUAAUGACACAGAAAUUGCAAAAGCGCAACGUGAUUUUGAAUUGAAAAAGGCUGCUUAUGAUGUUGAAGUUCAAACCAAAAAAGCUGAUGCAGAAAUGGCAUUCGAAUUGCAAGCAGCAAAAACUAAACAAAGGAUUAUGGAAGAGCAAAUGCAAGUAAAGGUUGUAGAACGUAGUCAGGAGAUCGCCGUGCAAGAGCAAGAAAUGUUGAGACGCGAAAGGGAAUUAGAUGCCACUGUACGACGUCCUGCUGACGCAGAAAAAUACAGAUUAGAGAAAAUGGCCGAAGCAAAUAAACUGCGUCUUGUUAUGGAGGCUGAAGCUGAAGCCGAAGCUAUUAAGAUUCGCGGUGAGGCAGAAGCCUUCGCUAUCGAAGCAAAAGCUAAGGCAGAGGCAGAACAAAUGGCAAAGAAAGCUGCGGCGUGGAACGAAUACAAGAGCGCAGCCAUGAUAGACAUGAUGCUUGAUACACUUCCAAAGGUUGCCGCCGAAGUAGCCGCUCCUCUUUCUCAAGCAAAAAAGAUAACUAUGGUUUCAAGUGGUAAUGGCACUAUUGGUGCCGAAAAACUAACCGAGGAAGUUUUCAAUAUUGUACAGCGUGUUCCAGAUCUUGUUAAAAAUUUGACGGGCGUGGACAUUGCGAAGUCGGUACACGCUGCGUAAAUGUGCGAUAUGAAGGAAAAUUGAAUAAUUUUCCUAGUCAAAUGUUUUUCAAUGUACAUUUAUAAAAAAGUAUUUAAUGGAUUUUUUUGUUAUAUAUACAUUUGCUUUAAACAUCUUGCCCUAUAAUG